AUGGAGAUGCCGCCGGCGUCAGCGUCGCCCACCGCAGGGGACAAUGCCGAGCCAAACCCGCCGCGUGGCGGUGAGGCGUGGGCCAUAGACUUUUCACUCCCAAAUAUGCGGCGCAAGAUCACGCGGAGGGAACGAGACGCGGUCGUCUCCAGCCGCAUACGGCGGCAAAUACAGCAGCUGCAGCAGUUCCAAUUGGGGGCGGAGAGGGCGGGCGAGGGGCAGCCGCUGCGCCUCGGGCAGGCGGCUGACAGCGAAGGCAACCGACAGCUGCAGGUGGUAACCGUUGAUGACAUGGCGGACCUUAGUGGUCUGAUCCCACGCGACCUCACCUCCACCCGCGGGGAGCUUGAGGAGCGUCUCUGCCUGCGCCUCCCGCGCCUGCUCACCGUGGCAAAGCAGUACCCAAGGAGCUGCGGUGUGACCUCGCUGGCGUCUAUAUGGAACUACUUGUACACACGCCUCGGCGAGGCCGCGGUGGGUGCCGCUCGCGGACCCGUGGCGCAGGAGGAAAUCAUGUCCAUCCUCGGCUUCGCCCCGCCGUUUGAUGAGAUCUCGUGGGGUCCGUUUACCGGCAACGGGACCCUCAUCCGGUGGUUUCAUGCCAUCAACCGCCACUUUGGCGUCAAGGGACGGGCGUACAUAUUAUACAAGCCGCAGGGGAAGUGUCGCACCAGCUGCACCGCAGAGGAGGCGCUGCGGGAGCUGAAGCGCGUCCUGCGCGACCCACACGCCGCGGUGGUGUACCACUGCCACAACCACUACAUGGUGCCUAUUGGCUACCAGGAGAUUCCGCUGGCGCAGACCGACUUUUACGCCCCACAAGUGCCCGAGUCGCACACAGAGACGACGGUCUUCAUCGGUGAGGUGAGCCGUGGCCGGCACGAGGCAAUGUACGCGCGAAAGUGGAGCGAAAUUGUGAAGGAUCUCAUGUGCCGCUCCCCGCAGUUCUACAACAUCCGCCGGCCGGAGCUGGGAGUACAGACACGCGUGCCAAAGAAGAAGAAGAGCGAGGCGGUGGGCGACGACGAGGCGGCAGUGGUCCCGGUGGAGCAGGCAGAGCAGGACGGCAAUCCACCCUUCAGCCCGUUGCCUCCCCCAGCGACGCCUCCUGCGGAGGAGACGGCCGCGACGGCUGUGGGCGGCGGUAGCGCGACGCCGCCCGUCGUGGCGGGUGCCGCGAAAAGGAAAAAGACGGGAGGGGGCAACCUGCACUGCCUGAUAUGCUUCCGCAGCGACGAGGUGGAGGAGCACCCGGAGCGCUACGAGGAGCUCUCCUCGGCCUCAAGCAGAAGCCGCAGCGACAGCGACAGCGACGAAAACGAGUACCCGGCGGUCGCAGAUGUACAGCCGAUGUGA